UCCAAAAUGGCCGCGUCGGCGUUUUGACGAAUAAUACUUUUUGUGCUUCACAGAAAUCGAAGAUUUCGCAUCCCGAUCGGCAGAAAGCAUCUUCAGGUGUUUGAUGUUUUAAUAUAAAGACUUGGCUUAGACAAUCACGACACGUUGAUAUUUCUUUUAUGGUUCAGACUAUGCACUUUUGGUGUUGAUAAGGUGGCUAGCUGUCUGGCUAGCAAUAUCAUUAAGCUGAAAAUCAAAAGAAAAGCGAUGGAGCAGCUCAGUCCUGAAGAGAUCCGAAGAAGGCGACUGGCCCGGUUAGCUGGAGGGCAGACGUCCCAGCCCAACACCCCUUUGACCUCCCCACAGAGAGAGACCCCACCAGGACCUUUGCCAGGUCCCUCCGGGGCCACAUCGCAGCCUGUCCCACCAGCUCCAUACCACACUCUGGCCCUUAAUGUCCAAAAUGUCACCCCUGCCUCCUCUCCAAUGGGAGCCUCCGGGGUUGCUUACCGUAGCCAGAGCAGCGAAGGGGUCAGCUCUCUCUCCAGCUCUCCAUCUAACAGCCUGGAGACACAAUCCCAGUCCCUGUCCCGCUCCCAGAGCAUGGACAUUGACACUGCAUCCUGCGAGAAGAGCAUGUCCCAAGUAGACGUUGACUCAGGAAUUGAGAAUAUGGAGGUGGAAGACAGUGACCGCAGAGAGAAAAGGAACCUGUCUGAAAAGGACUCCUCAUGUAAUCCUGAUGUCUCUGAAGAGCAGGCUUUGCAGCUCAUCUGUAAGAUUUUGCGUGUUUCUUGGAAGCAGCAGGACCGUGAUGUUAUCUUCCUCCCUUCACUUGCAGCGGAGUUCCAGAAGAACCCUAAGGAUGUUUACUCUGACUUCAAAGACCUGAUUGGCCAGAUUUUAAUGGAGGCUCUUAUGAUAUCCACACAUUCUCGUGACUGUAAUCCAUUCGCAAGCUUGACUGCCACAUCUCAGCCAAUUUCUGCUGCCAGAUCCCCUGACCGCCACCUGACUCUUGUUCCACCCUCCAACCAGAGCGACAGUCCCAUGUUGCCUUGCGCUGGUUCAUUUGGUGCCAGCUCUCUGUCCAGUCUGUAUGGUUGUAGCCCAAACCCGCUAGCUCUCAGCUCUGCCAGAAUGAGCGCUCCAUCUGUCCCACCACCCUCUGCAGCCACCCUUCAAGUUCCCCCCAGUCCUCCAGUUUCUCGCCCUCCCACCAGCAUCCCGUCUCUCUCUCCAUCUGCCCCUCUGCCUAUCUCCCAUAGAUACAGGCCCUAUUCCCUCAGCUCCUCAGUUCCCAUCAGCCCAAGUCCCAGAUCUGCAACCACAGGUAUGCCCUCCAGCCCCUCCCCCAGACAGCGUACCACCCAUUCCUCCAUGCCAUUCCCCUUCUUACCCAGCUCUCCCAGCACUAUUGCGAGACGGACUGCGCUAGCAGCACGGAUGCCCUCUAGCCCGUUCUCACUCCUCUUCUUCGGCCUGUCCAACAUCUCUCAGGACAGCAGUGAUGAAGAACUAGAGGAAGAGGAGGAUUUUUCUGGGGUUCAGUUUGGGUCCAGCCUAGGAGUAUCUGGAGGGGGUAUGUCUGGUGACUCGGGUAGUGACCGCUUUACCAUAGAGUCGUGUAAAGAGACUGAGAUGCUCAACUACCUCAUCGAGCGCUUUGACAGUGUGGGCAUGGAGGAGAGGAAGGCCCCAAAGAUGUGCAGCCAACCAGUUGUCAGUCAGCUGCUCAGCAACAUGCGUUCCCAGUGUAUUUCCCAUGCUGCACUAGUGCUCCAAGGGGCCCUCACACAGCCCAGGGCCCCUCUACAGCCUUCCCUGCUGGUUCCCUACAUGCUGUGCCGGAACCUACCGUAUGGCUUCAUCCAGGAGCUGGUGCGCAUGACUCAUCAGGAGGAUGAGGUGUUCAAACAGAUCUUCAUACCCAUUCUUCAAGGGCUCACUUUAGCUGUAAAAGAAUGUUCCUUUGAAAGUGAUAACUUCAAGUUCCCUCUAAUGGCUUUAGCUGAACUUUGUGAAAUUAAGUUUGGGAAGACUCACCCUGUUUGUAGUUUGAUCACCUCUCUGCCAUUGUGGUGUCCUGACCCUCUGAGUCCCGGGACAGGAAGAGAAAUUCAAAGACUCUCCUUCCUUGGAGCCUUCUUCAGUCUGUCUGUGUUUGCAGAGGAUGAUACUAAAGUGGGUGACAAGCACUUCUCAGGCCCUGCCAUUACUAUGGAGAACACUCGUGUGGUCAGCCAGUCACUGCAGCACUAUCUGGAGUCUGCGAGGGGAGAUUUAUUUAAAAUCCUGCACAACAUCUUGCUGAAUGGAGAGACAAGGGAAUCGGCUUUGAGCUACAUGGCUGCUCUGGUGAAUCGUAAUGUGAAGAAGGCUCAGAUGCAGACUGAUGAUAAGCUGGUGUCCACAGAUGGCUUCAUGAUGAAUUUCCUCUGGGUGCUGCAGCAGCUGAGUAUGAAGAUCAAGCUGGAAACAGUGGAUCCUCUCUACAUCUUCCACCCCAAAUGUCGACUGAACGUCACCCCGGAAGAGACCCGACUCAAUGCCACGAUGGAGGAGCUGAAGAGCUGGCUCGCAGAGCUGCAGGAAGAGCCAUCCAGGUUCUCAGAGCCCAAGUUUCCUACAGAGUGCUUCUUCCUGACACUUCAUGCACAUCACCUGUCCAUCCUCCCAUGCUGUCGACGCUACAUACGCAGACUGAGGGCGAUCCGGGAUCUUAACAGAACUGUUGAAGAGCUGAAGAACAGUGAAAACCAGUGGAAGGACUCCCCAUUGGCUAGUCGUCAUCGGGAGAUGCUGAAGAGAUGUAAAACCCAGCUGAAGAAACUGGUGCGCUCUAAAGCCUGCGCUGAUGCAGGGCUGCUGGACGAGAAUCUGCUGCGCAGAUGUUUGCAGUUCUACAGUAUGGUCAUCCAGCUCAUCUUGUGCAUGGUGGAGCCCACUUUCCCAAAUGUAACCCUGCCUCUGAACCCAGAGAUCCCCAAAGGCUUUGCAGCACUGCCUGAGUUUUACAUUGAAGAUGUGGCUGAGUUCCUACUUUUUAUUGUGCAGUACUCUCCACAGGUUCUUUAUGAGCCAUGCACUCAGGACAUUGUGACCUUCCUGGUGGUCUUCAUUUGCAGUCAGAACUAUAUUAAGAACCCAUACCUGAUCGCCAAGCUGGUGGAGGUGCUGUUCGUCACCAACCCUGCAGUACAGCCACGCACUCAGCGUUUCUUUGAGAUGAUGGAGAACCACCCACAGGCUGUCAAUCAGCUUGUGCCUGCCCUCAUGAAGUUCUAUACAGAUGUGGAGCACACUGGAGCCACAAGUGAGUUCUAUGACAAGUUCACCAUUCGCUACCACAUCAGCACCAUAUUUAAAAGCCUGUGGCAAAAUGUCAGCCACCAAGGCACCUUCCUUGAGGAGUUCAACUCUGGAAAGCAGUUUGUGCGCUACAUCAACAUGCUAAUUAAUGAUACAACUUUUCUCCUGGAUGAGAGUUUGGAGUCUCUGAAACGCAUCCAUGAGAUCCAGGAGGAGAUGAAGAACAAAGAGCAAUGGGAUCAGCUGCCCAGGGACCAGCAACAGAGCCGCCAGUCCCAGCUCACUCAGGAUGAGAGAGUGUCACGCUCGUACCUGGCUUUAGCCACAGAGACGGUGGACAUGUUCCAUAUCCUUACCAAACAGGUCCAAAAGCCCUUCCUCAGGCCUGAACUGGGGCCUCGUCUGGCCGCCAUGUUGAACUAUAAUCUUCAGCAGCUGUGUGGGCCUAAAUGUCGAGACCUGAAAGUGGAAAACCCUGAAAAAUAUGGUUUUGAGCCAAAGAAGCUCCUGGAUCAGUUAACUGAUAUCUACCUGCAGCUGGACUGUGCCCGAUUUGCUAAAGCCAUUGCAGAUGACCAGCGAUCAUACAGCAGGGAGCUCUUUGAGGAGAUCAUUUCUAAAAUGAGAAAGGCCGGCAUAAAAUCCACCAUUGCUAUUGAGAAAUUCAAACUUCUGGCUGAGAAGGUAGAGGAGAUAGUAGCCCGCAAUUCUCAAUCUGAGAUGGAUUACAGUGAUGCCCCAGAUGAGUUCAAAGACCCGCUGAUGGACACUCUUAUGUCUGACCCUGUGCAACUGCCCUCUGGAAACAUCAUGGACCGAGCCAUCAUCCUGCGACACCUCCUGAACUCUCCCACUGACCCCUUUAACAGACAGCCCCUCACUGAGAACAUGCUGGAACCAGUCCCAGAGCUGAAGAAGCGAAUCCAGGCCUGGAUGAGAGAGAAACAGACUGGCCGUUUUUCUUAGUGAGCCCAGCUUUCCCUCCGUUUCAAUGUUUUCACCAUGGUGGAAAUGAACUGAAUUUGAACAGGAAAAAAGAUCAAAUUACCUAAUUUGAUUUGCCCCCUCCCCUUUAUCCUCUCUUUUGAGCCACUGUCUGAAAGGCUCAUGGUUCUAAAUUGAAAUAUAAUAAAGUUUAGGCUUUUGAAAUUUUUUUAUUUUGAAUUUGUAUUUAUCUACAUACAUACCGAGGCACAACCGUCUCACCCCACAAUAGUCACAAUUGGAUGUAUUCAAAAGUUGCUACUUGUUUUCAUUGGCCUUGUGGGUGCAUUUUAAUGGUUUCGAUGGUAAGCAAAGAGGAAAGGGAUCCAUUUCAUGUGUGUGUGUUGUUUGGAAAUAUAUUGUUAAUCAAUACCAGCAUUUCCAUUUGGACAGUCAAUACUACCAAAAAGAAUUAGCUAUAGACACAUAUUACCGUUUGGGCCCAAACCUACAGUACCUUUAACACAGAACACUUAGAAUAGGAAAGAAUCAUCUCAUUAACCAAUUCUACAUUGUUUUAUUGAACAAACAAAAAAGGUGUUGGUUUAAAUUGGGGGAAAUAUGCUAGUGGAGCAUGUUGGCUGUUUUGGAAAUGUUUUUGUUAUUUCUUUUUACUUGGAAAAAUCACUUGUGCACUGCCUUUGACAUAAGAAUCCUCAUGCACCUUGUUGAAUAUUUUUAUUUUCAAAUUAGGAGUUGAAACACAGGAUUAAAUGAGAGAAUGUGAAGCUGUGUUGUGGCACGAUUAUCAUUAUCAAUCUUAGUAUACCAUGUUUUUUUUUUUCUGUUCAUCCAAAAAAUUUUGGACUGAAAAGGUCCGUCAGAUCUUGUUAUUAAUAUUAACCCCAAAUGUUGAACUUCAGCAUAAAUUAUGUUGCCCCACCCCCCAAGGGUUUAACUGUACAGGAGUUUGCUUCCUUUGCUAUAAACAUUUUUCAGACCCAGGUCUUUGAGCUGUAAUAAAUGGCAAUGCACACACAAUUAUAGCUGUUGCACCUCUUUUUUUUAAACUUACUGGCUAUUUCUUAAAGGGAUAGUUCACCCCAAAAUGAAAAUUCUCUCAUGAUUUACUCACCCUCUUAGCAUCAUAGAUGUGCAUGAAUUUCUUUCAUCUGCUGAACAUAAAUUAAGAUGUAAAUUACAGGAAUGUCUCAGCUGUGUAGGUCCAUACAAUGCAAGUGAAUGGGUGCCAAAAUGUAUGGGUGAACUGUCACUUUAAGGGAUAGGGCAUUAAAAAAAUUUAAAUUCUGUCAUCCCCCAUGGUGUUCUGAACCCAUUUGACUUUCUUCCCUGUAGCGUACAAGGGAA